AUGUCGGCAGCGCAGCUGGGCAACCCCUGCGUGCAUCUCACUAACAACGAGGUCAAUGCGAAGCAUGCGAAACAAAAUGGGCCUGGGCAAGCGAACUGCGGGAACUGGCGCCUGUCAAAGCUUCUGAAGUGGUUGAAAGAUUCAACAGCCUUUGCUCCUGACAAUGUGGAGGCACUUUGGCCGCGCAUCCGAGCGCUGGUUUGGGAGGUGCUUGAAGCUGCGAGGCCCACGAUCGCCCAAGCGGUCGCACAGUUGCCGGUGACCGACCGGUGCUUUGAGCUUUUUGGCUUUGAUGUUCUAGUGGAUGAUGCGCUGCGACCGUGGCUUUGCGAGGUGAACUCGUUGCCAUCGUUGGGCAUCGGCGGAGCCGCCGAUCUGGAGGUGGACCGUGCCAUGUUGCUGAACCUCUUUGAGAUCCUUUGGAAGGAUAUCUCUGCGUCAACCGUCGGCGACGGUGAAGCACUGCAAGUGGAACGCUUUGAAUCACUGGGUGCGGGCGAGACAACAGCCGCAGACUGCGCCGAAAAAGGAGCAUGA